GUUGCCGGUUGAGUCCGCAUUUGAACGUCAGUCGCUGUUUGUCCUUCGAGGAGAUCAGUUGUCGCAUAGAAGAAAUCCCCCGCCGAACGAAACUUUUUUUUGGUUUCCUUUUUCAGUGUGUGUCCGACUUUAAUCUCCCAAACAACAAUUUCCCAAGUUUGGUUUUCUCUCUCUCUUGGGCUCCCAGCAAAUCGAAGAGAAAUAACUGCAAAAAGAAGUUGCCAAUCAAACUUUUUGAACGCCGACAGCAGCCAUCAUCGUCCAAUUGGCCACCCACAUUUCCAGUGUGUUGCAAAGUGACCCACCAGUGUUGAGCCGCGUGAUUUCGGCACACAGAAACAAAAGAAGACAAAACAAUCGAACCGAACUGGUUUGUUCGUCAUUUUCUGGCUAGUUAUUUAAAACAAAACAAGAAAACGGAAAAAACUUGUUGAAUCACAUGCCCGUUGUCCAUUUUGUUGGCACAUUUUCUAGUUUCUCUCUCAGCCUCGUGGUGAUCUUUCUCUCCCUCCAAGUGGAUUUUCACAGUGUCCCCCCUACCACAUCAUUGAGAGAGUCCAAGGGUCGAGAAAAACGGCAGGUGGUUGGCGAUAACACACACACACACAGAGAAACCCCCCUCCAUUUUUUGGGGGUUUGUUUCGCCCCCAGGAAUUUCAGUGAAAGAUACACACACACACACUCAAAAUAAUAAUACAAGUACGAUGUGCUUUUAUUAUUUGUAAUUUUUCAAAAGAUAUGCGUGUGUAGGUGUGUCGAGAAAGAAGAAAAAGUGUCUGUGUGUUUGUGUUUUUGUGUGCCUGGCGAGAAGAGAACGUGCAUCAGUAGUGGACAACACGCGGUGUACAGAGCAGCACGGAGGAGAUCCACACACAUUCCGGAGUCGUUUUGUUUUUCUGAUUGUGUGAGAUGAUGGCCUCUACGUCGUCGACAUCCGGAUUGGCUCGACUCCACCGUUUGGCGCUCCUGUUGCUGCUGGCCGUCUACUUGAACGUCGUUUCAUCUCAAGGGUCCAGUUGCCAACUGCCGGACGCUUGGAGAGGAACCUGGUUCCAGUCGGGUCUCAACACGGUGCGCAUCAAUGAAACGACCAUCGACUUCAAGGGGAAAUGCCUGGAAAGCGACGGAGAAUAUUACCUCUUCGAAGAAAAGCUGGAGAAAGAAGAGAAAUGUUACCGCUGCCUCUUCAUCGCCCAGAAACAUCCCAAUGUUCUUCAAUACAAAGAAUCUUAUUGCGAGGGUCGAGACACGCUGGAGAACUUGUGCAGCAUGAUCCCAGGUGAUGCCCAACAGUAUUCGCUCUUCCGGCGUGACGCGGCUCCGGUCGAGUGCCCAUUCCGCGGAUCGUACACGUUUACCUAUUCGCGGGGUCACGGGGAGUGUCGCUCGCCCGUUUCCCGGCUCGACUCCUGCACAGAAUCAUGGCGGACUUUCUUCCGAUACCAGGCCUGCCCCGACGUCCAGGGAACCGAAAGUUCAGAGGAGCAGCUGGAAUGUUUGGCCCAGUGGAAGGACGGAUCCCUGCGCUACCUGAUGGGCCGUUUGCAGCACCAAGGCGCCACCAGCGACGAGGAUCGUUACCGAUGUUUCGUUUACGAGAAAAUCCAGCCGCCCCCAUCGUCGUCGCUUUCGUCGCUUUUACUUCCGGGCGGAUCGGGAUCCCCGCCCGCUCCCGCCGAACGCCACCGUCCAGUCACCAUUCUGCUGGCUCAGAGCGGCGAUGCCACUUGCAGCGGAUUGACUUCGCCCACCGAAGGCUCUCGAACUCUCAAACUCACCAAAGCUGAAGCGGAUGGCCGCAAGUGUCACUACCCGAGCUGGUUCCUGGCUCACAACAGAUGGCAAACACUGGACGGACGCUGGACCUACGCCCUGCACAAGAACUCUACAAUGCGCAUCAUCAAUAACACGACUUCGGGACACGCAACUCUGUCGUCUGCCGCCGUCAUCGGCGGCGGUGGCCUGUCGUUCGGAUCUGCCGCCGGAUCGGCCAGCGUCGAUUCGCGAAUGGAGCAGAAAGCCGCCUGCCAAUCGGUCCUGGAUCUCGGCGAUGGAGCGGCUCGAGUCGUGGCUCACCUCUCGCAAGGAUGUCAAUCCGGCUACGUCUGCAUGGUGUUUUAUCGUCGAGACAGUCACGUUGUGGAAUUCCAAGCCGGAGAAGCCGCUCCCGCUCCCGACGAGGCUUGCAGCGCUUACUAUUUCAAUCCCGUAGUGGGACACUUGACGACUCUAAUUGCUGCUUCACACCAUUCGGUGGCGUGCCCGCUGGACGGCAAAUUCAACGUGAUGAGAGGGCUCGGUCACGCUUCGUCCCGGCUGCCGUGUUCUUCCGACUCGAUGGCCAAUGACGUGACGUCCGCCGUGGCGACGCCGCACCUCUUCCUCGCCGGACAGCGGACGUCGGCCGUGGCUGUCGGCUGCUCGGCCCCCGACACGCUCGACCUCUAUCACGAAUGCAGUCGUGAGACCAGCUCAGGUUAUCUAUGCCGGAGCACGUGGAAUGACGAUCACGACGAGAGAAUCAAGUACGUCAUCGUGACUCCGUUGCACGCAGCCGCCAAUCGGCACGGGGUCGACGGGCCUCCGCGUCGUUUCUGUCUGACGGUGACCACCCACGGCUCCAAGGCCUCGACGCUGACGCCGUCCGAUCUCCAGUCGCAGCAUCCGCAGGAUCACGUCUCCUCUGUCAGCAACAACGGCGCACCUUUGGAAUGGAUCGCCUCCAGCGAAACUUGCGUCCGAACUUACGCCAGGGACAGAUUGGCGACUCACGGGCAGCAUUCGACGCACUUGGCACACAACGCCCACAAUUUGCAUAUCACGACGGCGGACGGGGAGGGAAAUUCGGCCGGCGCUUCCGUUUUCAACGUCACGUCGGCUGGCCAGUGCACGGGUGUCGAGGCAGCCAUACUCGAUCAGCGGAAGCUAUUCCCCUCCUCCUCGUCAUCCUCGUCGUCCACCUCGGCCACCGCCGCCCUUCUGUCGCCAUCGACGAUGGAUUACGUCUGGCUCUUGUCGAUGGUCGUGGCUUCGGGCCGCCUCGUUGGUCGGUGAUUCCUUCCUUCCGCCCUACUCCUGCUCCUCCUCCUUCUCCCUUCAAGUGCAGCAAGUCAAAAAAACAAGGAAAAAGGAAUUCAAACGAGAAAUGGAAGGAAGAAGAAGAAGAAUGAUUAAAAUACGAGGUGUUGUUGUUUCAUUAUCGACUCUUUGCCCUCCCUGCACCACCACCUCCCCCCCAAUGCGACUGUGAUUUGUGUAUUUCUGUUUUCAAAACAACAAAGAAGAAGUUUAUAAUCAACUCACCAUAACAAAUUAUCCGGAAUGAAUGAAAGUGAAGAAGAAAAAGGUUGAAUCGUUUGGCGCUAUAGUGUCAGGUCAAUUUCAUCAUCCUAAUUCCUUAAUUUGUUUAAUCUUAUUUUUCUUUUCUUUUUUUGCUUUUGUCUUUGAUAUAGAAUUCUUUUUUUUUUUCUUUUCGUCUUGUCUGGUGUACUACGUAAUUUAAGUGUUGUUGAAAAGCUUGGCUCCCCCAGAGGACACCCAACGACUGUCAGCGCGUUUUGUACUCGGUUACAAGGUGAGCUGGAAAGUGGUCGGGACGUGUGGGGCUAACCAGAUGAAAGAAUCAGUGAAAAAGACCAGCCCCGACGAUCGAUGUUAAAGGCUGAAGAGUGGCAAACAUCAGGUUACGUUUGGGGGGUACACGGUCCAAGACCAACCUAAUCCAAUCUCUUUUUUUCUUUUUUUAUCCCCCCGACUUUUUCAUUUUUUAUUUCACGUACUGAGAAACCCCCUCGUCAUAUGUUUUCAAUUCGUUUUAUUUUUUUUUUCACUCUCCUUCGGUUAUUUCACGCGAAAUUUUUUUGGGGUUCUUGAUUUUUUCGUCCUCUUUUGAUGUGACAAAAGAUUCGGAAAAAUGUGGACUCGGUGGCUCGCAGACUUUGUUGACUUUUCUUCGUUUUUUUUUUUCUAAUACGUCAACACGGCCUUAAAUGAUAUCGUCGUCGCCGGCGUCUGUGUAAAUUUCUCGGGAUGGGAAAUAUGAUGUGUCAUUUCUUUUUGUAGCACGGUGGGUUUUUCAAAAGAAAAGUUGCGAGGUAAAAAAAAUGGACAAAGCCAGCAUCUCCUAUCAAAGGUAUUCUUAUUUUCUUCUUUUUCCAACUUUACUGUGGGAUUACGUGUACCCGAUUUAAGUUUUUUCCUCCAUCUUGAUCAACAUUGACGAAGAAAAGAAAAAGGGAAAAUUUUGUAUUUUUGUUAACUUUUUUCUUAUUAUCGCGUGCAUCAAAGGAAUAAUGUGUCUCUACCGAUUGAAUAUUCAUGUGUGAAAUAACUUCUUUCGUUUUUUGUUUUGGAAAAAGUAUUUUUUAAUUUCAAAUCCAGAAAAUUUCUUUCUGAUUGUGUAUUAUAUAAAAAAAAAUUCAUUUUUUCUUCAUUACGGGGAUUUGUCCCAAUUUUUUAAAAAUCGUGUUGCAUAUUUACUACUGUACUUUAUAUACCACCAAGCAAAAAAAAAAUUACCUUUGUACUUGCGUGUAAUGUAUAUACGAUAUACCAUAUUGUGUCAUUCGGAGCUUUAUUGUAAAUACAUUGAAAUCAUGAUGAA